GAAUCACGUGACCCGGGGCGCAUCUCGCGAUGGUUCGUGUCUCGCGACACUUUGUUUGCCUUGUCUUUUCCUCCUUCCGUCGCCCGGCUUUCCUCCCCUCCCCCUCACCGCCGGCGGAGUUCUACCUCUUCGGACGGAAUCAUCUCGUCGCGGAGAUUUUUCUUUCCCCCUACGGUUGCUGCUUCUGCCACCACCGCCACCACUGGGCUUAUUUGCCCCGACCCCUCCCCGCCGCCCCACCCCUGGUCCCACCCAAGAUGUCAGAGGAUCUAGCAAAGCAGCUGGCGAGCUACAAAGCUCAACUCCAGCAAGUAGAAGCUGCAUUAUCUGGAAAUGGAGAAAAUGAAGAUUUGCUAAAAUUGAAGAAAGAUUUACAAGAAGUUAUAGAACUAACCAAAGACCUUCUGUCAACUCAGCCUUCAGAAACUCUUACAAGUUCAGACAGUUUUGCUUCUACUCAGCCCACUCAUUCAUGGAAAGUAGGAGACAAGUGUAUGGCAGUCUGGAGUGAAGAUGGACAGUGUUAUGAAGCGGAGAUUGAGGAGAUAGACGAAGAAAAUGGCACCGCUGCAAUCACCUUUGCUGGUUAUGGCAAUGCUGAAGUGACUCCAUUGCUGAACCUGAAGCCUGUAGAAGAAGGGAGGAAGGCCAAGGAGGACAGUGGCAGCAAACCGAUGUCAAAAAAAGAAAUGAUUGCCCAACAGCGUGAAUAUAAAAAGAAGAAAGCUUUGAAAAAAGCACAAAGAAUAAAAGAACUUGAGCAGGAAAGAGAAGACCAGAAGGUGAAAUGGCAGCAGUUCAACAACAGAGCCUAUUCUAAAAACAAAAAAGGCCAGGUAAAAAGGAGUAUUUUUGCUUCACCUGAGAGUGUAACUGGCAAAGUUGGAGUAGGAACUUGUGGAAUUGCUGAUAAACCUAUGACACAAUAUCAAGAUACUUCUAAAUACAACGUCAGGCAUUUGAUGCCUCAAUAAUCAGAAAAACUGUUGGAUUUCAUCUCUGCAGGGCUUUACAUUUACCUUUUUAUCCUUAUAUUUUUCUAAAGGUAAAUUAUUUGUUAGGUGAGUAAGGAAGAUAUCAUUGUUGUCAUUGUUUGACUUCAAUAGAAUGAAACUUGAAGAAAUUGCAUUUGAUAAACUUAUUCAUUUAACUUUUCAUUACUACUACCAUAGUUCCCUCAGAGUUUAUUGAGUAAGGCAACUUUUCUAGAUAGAAGCUGCUUCGUUCAGCACGUAGAUGACUUGUUGGUAUACGGAUACCAAGCCCCACGUACAGUCAUAACCUGGACUCUGACACAGUAACCCAGUGGAACAGGAAGGCAAAACACCAGCCUGCUGAGACCUUUUUUUUUUCUCUUCCAACUUUAAAACCUACCUAUUGUGAAGCCUAACGGUAGGUUACUUUAUACCGGCACAGUUUGUUUUGAGGUUUUUCCUUCAGUAACUUUCUUCCUAAGCCAAUUUGGUCAUCUCUAAAAUUGAUCCAGCUUUUAUUUUUAUUCAUUUAGUUUUAUGUAGAAAAACAUGUCUAGGAUGAGCUACCUUUUUAUUAAGGUGUUUCUGUUCGGUGUUUUGUGGAUUUGGUUUUGUUUGCUUUUUCCUUUAAUUUUUUCACUUACGGUAGUGGUACUGUUUUUUUGGACGUGUAAUGUUUAUACGGGAAAACAAAAAGUGAUGUAUAGCCCUGUAUACAGUGUAGAUACUAUUUUUGUAAAAAACCAAGGCUAAAUUAAUGAACAAGAGUACUGAAUGUUUCAUCAUUAAAAUUUUCUUAUAUUUGUGCAUUAAUCUGACCAUAAUUUCCCUGUAUAUUAUGUUCAUGUAGCUGAGUUUGUAAUUUUAAUUAACUAGAUCAAGUUGCCAGCAUUUGUUGGUGUGAGCAUCAGUUAUCUGAAGUUGAGUUUAAACCAAAUACAUGCAUAGAAAAGGGUCUUCCUAUUAAUGGAAGAUGAUUUUUAGGAUGUGUGUGUUAAUUUCAGUUUUGUAUGUUUAACUUUUAUUAAAUAAAGCAUUUUUAAAAUCUCCAGGGUGUGUUACAAAAGGGUGAAGUCUAGCUUUGAACUUGAACACAAAAUUGCAGGGGAAGAGGGUAUUGUAUGCUAAAGGUUUCAGUAAAUCCUUAAGUAUUCCUUCCAUUAAAUAUAAAAAAUCCGAUCUCAGACCAACUAGU